ACUGGAAGGCGAGCGAGAGGAGAGAGCGUGAAGGAAGAGCCUGGCAGGGACGCUCGCUUUCAACGGACACGCAAACAUCAUACGGAGAUUUCCGUUCCCGGGAGUCGCGGAGGAGCGAACAGCGGCGAUGUCGGUGAAUAUGGACGAGCUGAGACAUCAAGUGAUGAUUAACCAGUUUGUUUUGACCGCGGGCUGCGCGGCGGACCAGGCGAAGCAGCUUCUGCAGGCGGCGCACUGGCAGUUCGAGACGGCUCUGAGCUCCUUCUUCCAAGAGGCCAACAUCCCCAGUCAUCACCAGAUGCCCGUCUGGCUGCCGCCGUCCUCUCCCACAGGCCACCACACGCUCCAUCACCAUCACCGCCAUCACAUGCACCAGCCGCCCGUCUCCCAGCCCGCCAACGGCCAGAGAUGAGACUUUGCGGCGGGGGAGACACGGGGAGGGCCGGGGGUGUUAAUGGGGGCGAGGAU